GCAUCACCAACCAGGAUCGUUCCAAGACAUGACUUGCCUGACGAGAGCCCAGGGCAAGAUAGGCGUCCAUAGUAGUAUCUCACUGAUGCCUCCAUAGGGGUAACUUUGCCAUCAUGGAGGACUAUAUAAACCACCUUCCUACCCUCCCAUCCAGACUCAUCUCUCAUCCUCAGAAACAGCCUCUCUCCUCUCAAGAUAUCAAGAACUACAAGAAUAUCCACCAUGUAUCUCACAUACAUCACCCUCCUCACCCUUCUCACCUCCCUUGCCUCAGCCGCAGCGCACAUCCCCCGCGACGGUGGCACUCCCACCACCCUCACAGCCGCCGCAGCCAUCAAUGCCGUGGCUACCCCUUCCCCAACCCAGCCCGGCAUGACCAGCAACUGUGACUCCUUCCACCUAGUAUCCAGCACCGACACCUGCGUCACCAUUGCCUCCAGCGCCGGUAUCACACUUGCCAACUUCUACUCGUGGAAUCCGGGUGUUGGCUCCGACUGCGAUACUCUCUGGCUGGGGUACUAUGUCUGUACCGGAGUGAGUGACACUACCACCACUACAACCAUAUCUACGACUACCACCUCCACCACCACGAGUGUUACCACGCCAUUGCCCACUCAAUCGGGGAUGGUGAGUAAUUGCGAUGCCUUUUAUCUGGUUGCCUCUGGGGAUACUUGUACGACAGUGGCGCAGAAGAAGAGUGUGUCAGUGACGGAUAUCAUCGCUUGGAAUCCGGCAGUGGGGACGGGUUGUACUAAUUUAUGGUUGGGGUAUUACAUCUGUGUGGGGGUGUUGUAAGGUUAUGGUCGAUUUGGGAGAUUAUGAUUGAUGUGGUUCUUGACAGUUGUGCCGGUUGAUGAUUGGGUAUGUUGGAUAUUGGUUGUGUAUGGUCUUAGUCUAGUAGCUAGGGAUUGAGUAAUAAUGAACUACGUUGUUUAAACAGUGUUACAACGGAGACACCCAAUUAGUCCAGUUCCUACAUUACUAGUCUUCCAUAUCAAGAUAAAAGACAAAGCAUUACCUUCGAUCGAAACGCAUAUAUCGAGGAAACAGCAGACCUAAAUCAAUAGAUUGAGAUAGCGCAUAGUUAGGGUGAUCUUGUGACCUAAGCCUUGACAAUAGUAUCUAUUCGCUGCUGUACGACCUGGUUAGCGAC